AUGUUGGCCUCCCUUUACGCCGCCUUCUGCCUCGGCUCUCUGCUAUUCUCCCCGGCGCGGGCCCUCCUGGAAGAUUUUGAGGUCUAUCAACCGGUCACUAUAAGCCAUGGCAGCACUGAGUGCAAUGAAGAGAUUCUAUUGAUGGACCAUGUAUUCGGCUAUAGCUAUGGGGAACCAUACGUCGGGAUCUACGAUCCACCAAACUGUACAUUUGACACCGUUCGAAUCAAUUUCACUGUCACCUCGAAAGGUACCCAGUAUGACCGUUUGGCGCUCAUGUAUCUGGGGGACACAGAGGUGUUCCGCACAUCAACAGCGGAGCCAACAACCGAUGGAAUCAUCUGGACGUAUAUCAAAGACAUGUCACAGUUCAACGUAUUGUGGAAAAAGGAGCAGAAGCUGAUAUUCGAUCUUGGAAACAUCAUCACCGACGUCUAUACCGGGUCCUAUAAUACCACGCUGACGGCAUAUUUCUCGUAUGAGGGCAACGUCAAGACCCCCGACGUCAUCCUUCCUAUCUCUGCACUCAAAUCAGCGCAGAACGCGUCAAGCGAUUUUGAGCUCCCAACGGAUAAUGCUACCGUGCUAUACCAGAUUCCUCCGACAACGUCCCGUGCCGUUGUCUCCAUCUCGGCAUGUGGCCAGUCAACGGAAGAGUUCUGGUGGUCCAAUGUCCUUUCUGCUGAUGAAUACUCCUUUGACAACACCAUCGGUGAGCUGUACGGGUACUCCCCCUUCCGAGAAGUCCAGCUCUAUAUCGAUGGCAUUCUUGCCGGUGUGGACUGGCCAUUUCCCAUUAUUUUCACUGGUGGUGUCGCACCCGGCUUCUGGCGUCCCAUUGUGGGUAUUGACGCCUUUGACCUACGGCAACCUGAGAUCGAUAUCUCUCCCUUCCUCCCCUUACUUACGGAUGGCGGCUCUCAUUCAUUUGAAAUCAGAAUUACGGGCUUGAAUGUUUCAGACGAUGGAACAGUUACUUUCUCGGACACUGUUGGCUCCUACUGGGUGGUCACCGGCACCAUCUUCCUGUACCUAGAUGACUCUGUGUCAUAUUCCGUUGCAAACUCCACGAACGGCCAACCACCAGAGGUAAUUGCACCUGCACCAUCCUUUGAUGUCACUCGAAACUUGGUCCAGAGUCGAAACGGGACGAACGAAACCUUGUCAUACUCUGUCUUGGCCGAGAGAACACUCACCGUGACGUCUUCUGAAUAUUCCUGGAGCCAGAACCUGUCGUACUCCAAUUAUGGUUUCCUGAACCAGCAAGGAUUGAGCCAGAAAAACAACCAACAGACCUUCGGCCAGAAUUCGAUUUCACAGCUUACGGGAAACAAAACCACCGAUGAGGUGACGUUCGAAUAUCCUUUGUUCUGUAACACCACGUACGGACUGGAAGAUGGACUUUCCAUAAGCGCCUUGAUACGCCGAGGGCUGGACAUCGAAUCGACCGGUAGUCUCGGUGUUUCCACGUAUACCUUCACCUCUGGGGCUUUGGAUCUACACACCGAGCAAUGGGGCACGGCAUACUACUAUGAGUCCUCGGAUGGCAAUCGCUCAGUCUCCACCGGGGAAACAACCGACGUUUUUCAGAGCAAUGCUGGUGGGGUUCCAUACUAUCGAAACGUCCGUGCGGUGAAUGGCACCGUUGUAUCCGACACAGACAGCUAG